CAAACGGGAAUAGAUCCCAAAGUGAAGAACUGUAAAGUUCGUAUAAAACGACCUGGAGAUAGUCGUAUUUUCUCCAAACCAAAAAAAUCGAAUACUGUUAGUGAAGUUGUACGUUCUGACGAGGAAAUCACAGCUGAAGCAGCUGCAAAAGAUAUCUUAAGUCUAGAAAUUGAACAUGAUGUACUUCCGAUGAUCGAUUGUAAUUAUUUGAAUUUGGAAGGUACUAGCGACACCAGUGAAGAGAAAUCAACUUCUGUUACAAAUAACUCCCGAAAGUUCAUACGUAUAAGAAAGAAUUAUUUGCCAGCUGGGCUCUUCUCAGAUUUCUUUAAAAAAGAAGUAACUGAAGCUUUAAAGAAAAACUAUGAAAAGUCUGCGAAUGAUUCUCAACUUCUUGAUAGUAACAUCAUUGCCAAACCAACUUCUUUGCUUCCUCCACCACCAUAUUGUGAAAAAUACCUACGACGUUUACAAAGAGACUUUGAACUUCCGUUCGAUGUUUGGUGGGCAUACAAAAAUUCCAAACUACCUAUAAGAAAUACUGUACCAUCUUGGAACUAUAGAAAAAUACGUGUUAAUAUAUACGCUGAUUCUGUGCGUCCUAAUCUAGCAGGUUUCGACCAUCCUACUUGCAACUGUAAACAUGAUAUUGGCUGCGGUGACAAUUGUCUGAAUCGUUUGGUUUACACAGAAUGUUCCCCAUCAAGUUGUCCUACACGUGAAAAAUGUCACAAUCAAAGAAUUCAACGUCAUGAAGUUGCACCUGGUGUGGAACGUUUUAUGACUGAUAAUAAAGGCUGGGGUGUACGCACAAAGUUACCUAUACAAAAAGGUACCUACAUAUUAGAAUAUGUUGGUGAAGUUGUAACGGAGCGGGAAUUCAAAGACCGUAUGGGUACGAUUUACUUAAACGAUAAUCAUCAUUACUGCUUGCAUUUAGAUGGUGGUCUGGUAAUAGAUGGACAUCGAAUGGGAAGUGAUGGGCGUUUUGUGAAUCAUUCAUGUUUACCGAAUUGUGAAAUGCAAAAAUGGUCUGUGAAUGGACUUUCGCGUAUGGCACUGUUUGCAAAACGAGAUGUCGAAGAAGGCGAGGAACUCACAUAUGAUUACAACUUUGCAUUAUUUAAUCCUUCUGAGGGUCAACCAUGUCGUUGCAACACUCCACAAUGCCGGGGCGUUAUUGGAGGAAAAUCACAACGUAUAAAACCUUUACCAAUAGAAGCAAAACCAAUCGAGCCUAAUUCUGUAAAGGACGGUCAAAAAUGUCGGCAACGUAAAAGAAAGGCACGAAAAAAUGCUCAACGCUUGCAUUCAAAGGACAUUGUUUUAACUCGCACACAACAUUUAUCAGAAAAAGAAAAGAAGAUGGUCAUGCAAUACAAAAUAUUUUUAAUAAGAAAUUAUGAGAAGAUUCGACGUUGCAGAGCAAAACAAAAUCUGAAUGAUAUGAAGACCAGCGCAAAUAUAGCUUUACCUACUUCUAGUACGAGUUCUGUAGAUGUUAGCAAUCGUAGACCUUCAACGCCACCUUCAUUGGCCGCACAAAUUUCUGCUUUAUGCUCCAAUCGUAAUAUAAAAACUCGUGGUUUGAGUGUUGCGGUUCAAGACCCUGAACUAGAAAAAAUGGCUAAAAUGGCCGUAAUAUUACGUGACAUUUGUGCUGGUUUGGAAAAUAUACCAGAUCCGCAAAGUGAAACAACAAUGUUAAUACAACUACUUACAACUAGCAUCACAGGAAUUAGUGGUAAAAAGAAAAAAGCAGCAAAAAACUCACUGAAACAAGAGGCUAUUUCAUUAAAAAAGGUACAAUGCAAUAUAGAGCAAGGUUUCUAUAAGGAACCUUCAGAAUUUGAUAAUGAUAUGCAGAAAUUAUUUGAGAACUCCAAAAAACUUUUUCACAAAGACGAUACAAAGUUAAAUGCAUUGAACACACUAAUAUCCGAAUAUGAAAACAUAAAACAAGAGCACUAUAAACAUUUAUUAGAGUUAAACUUUGUUGAAAAUGAACUUAAAAAUUUUCGCCCAAGUAACUUUGAGACGAAAGACGAAAUUGAAAGUUCUAUCGACAUGAAAAUUACAGAUGAAACAAAUUUAACAUUACUCAGCACUGCAAGCGACAAAGAUACAUCAACAAAUAAUGAAGAUAUCAUAAGAUGUAUAUGUGGCCUUUAUAAAGAUGAAGGUUUAAUGAUACAAUGUGCUCGUUGCAUGGUUUGGCAACAUACCGAAUGCACAAAAGCAGAUAUCAAUGCCGAUCAUUACAUGUGUGAAAAAUGUGAACCACGUGAAGUCAACCGUGAAAUACCAUUAGAAGAUUUCACAGAGGAUGGUCAUCGUUAUUAUCUUUCACUGAUGCGUGGUGAAUUGCAAGUGCGACAAGGUGAUGCAGUCUAUGUUUUGCGUGAUAUUCCAAUUAAGGAUGCUGAUGGUAACAUAGUGCCGAAAAAGAAACAUACUUACGAAACAAUUGGCAAUAUCGAUUAUAAUGAGUGUGAUAUAUUUCGUGUGGAACGCUUAUGGAAAAAUGAAGUGGGUAAACGAUUUAUCUUUGGACAUCAUUUUUUGCGACCACAUGAAACUUUUCAUGAACCAUCAAGGCGUUUCUAUCCAAAUGAAGUUGUACGUGUGCCAUUAUAUGAAGUAGUGCCAAUUGAGUUGGUUAUUGGUCGUUGUUGGGUACUUGAUCGUACAACUUUUUGCAAAGGACGCCCAAUGGAGUGCGUAUCGGAAGAUCAUUGCUAUAUUUGUGAAUUGCGUGUGGAUAAAACUGCACGUUUCUUUUCCAAAGCAAAAGUAAAUUACCCAAUAUGUACCAAAAAUUAUGCGUUUAGGAAAUUUACAGAAAAACUAAAAAUUUCGAAAACUUAUGCGCCACACGAAGUUGACCCAACUAUGCUAAAAUCGAAAAAACAAAAAAAUGAAAUUGAAUCUACUAUAUCAUCAGCUUCUCCAAUUUCAUCUUUAUCUUCCAGAGAUACAAAUAAAACCCCUCAAAGUACUCGAAAAAAAUGUGGAGGAGUGCAUUUGUUCAAACCAAUUCCACCAACACAACAAGUUAUUAAGGAGAGACGUGCACGUUUGGAAGUAUUUCUCAAUAUGAUGAAACUCAAGUUUAAGAAUACUCAAUUGACCAAUGAGCCACCAAGCGACUUAUCUUAUUUAUUAUCAGGACGUGGUGCAAGGCAAAGAAAAACAGCAACUAUAAUUUCUACGACUAGUGUGCCUACCUAAUUUUUUUUUUAUUACUUAUAUAAUAAUUUAUCUGUUAUUUAUUGCAUGAAUAUAUAAUUUAACAUUAAUAAGUGGUGUGUGUAAAUUUAUCUGCACAUGCUUUUUUUAACGUACUUCAUUUUUAUUUUAGUUUUUUUUUUAAACCUGUUAAGAGGGAUCUUUACACCUUCAUAGCUUAGACUCUUAAUGGUACCUGUAUUAUAGUAGUCAUAAUAUACCCUGCGGAAGCUAGGCUAAAACACACUAAAUACAUAAAACUUAAUUGUUAACUAAUAAAUAAAAUAAUGCUUUCAUAAAAUUCAGAUACUGAAUCAUUUAUAUAGCAAAAAUAUACAAAAUAUAUA